AUGAAGAGGAGUAUAAAUAGAUCAAGUUCUGCAACCCAGAACAGCCACAGAGCACUAGCUGUCACUGGGAAAAGCCUCUGCAUCCUGAGCAGAGAGCCAAGAGCAGGAAACAUGAAGAUCAUUCCAGUUUUACUAUUCCUGGCCCCCCCAGCUGGAGCUGACAAGGAGUUUUUCUCCGUGGGUUCGGCCGGAUCUCCCGAAACAAAAUCGAGAUUUGCGAUGCUGGACGAUGUCCGAAUCCUGGCCAAUGGACUCCUCCAGCUGGGGCACGGUCUCAAAGACUUUGUCCACAAGACCAAGGGGCAGAUGAAUGACAUCUUUCAGAAACUCUACAUUUUUGACAGGUCCUUUUACGAGCUCUCCCUGCAAACCAGCGAAAUCAAGGAGGAAGAAGAACAGCUCCGGCAAACCACGGCCAGGCUGCAAAUCAACAACGAGGAGAUAAAGAACCUCUCCCAGGAGAUGAACCUGAAGAUUGAAGACCUCAUCCAAAACAAAAUCCAGCUGCAGGAGCAAGUGUGGGGACUGGAGGACAAGAUCACCAAGCUGGCCAUUUUCCAGCCUUCGGUGCAAGAGACAAAAGAAAUUUCUUCACUCAAAGCUUUUGUGGAGCAGCAGGACAAUGACAUCAAGCAGCUGCUGAGAAUCGUGGAGGACCAGCACGUGCAGCUGGACAGGCAGCACAACCAGAUCACGGAGCUGGAGGACAAGCUAAACCACAUCGAGUUCCUGGAGCUCCUGGAGAAUUCCUUCCUGGGGGAGCAGCAGGAAGCAGAGCCCAUCCCCUCUGCUGUGCACAGGCCCACGGCUGGGACAUACAGAGCUGAUGGUGCUGCUGCUGACUGCACUGCCCUCUACCACAGCGGGGUGCAGGCCAGUGGGGUCUACACUAUCCAGCCCAAUGGCUCAGAAGCUUUCAAUGUCUACUGUGAAAUGAAAUUUGGCACAUCUUGGACUGUUAUCCAGAAGAGAGUGGAUGGAUCGCUGGAUUUCAACCAAACUUGGGAUGCCUACACAAAUGGUUUUGGUGACCUCAAUGAGGAAUUCUGGCUGGGCCUGAAGAAGAUCUACUCCAUCACCCAGCAGGGGAAUUACCUGCUGCGGAUCGAGCUGCAGGACUGGAGAGGGAACAGGAGGCACAUCGAGUACAGCUUCAGCCUGGGGGGCCCCAGCACCAACUUCACCCUGCAGCUGUCCAGGAUGUCGGGGAGCAUUCCCAACGCGCUGCCCGAGCACGCCCAGCUGCGCUUCUCCACCGGGGACACGGCCAGCAGCUCCAGCUGUCCCCAGAGCCACCCAGGAGGCUGGUGGCACAGUGAGUGUGAGGAAACCAACCUGAACGGGAAAUACGUCACGCCAAGGUCCAGGGGAAGGCUGGACAGAGGAAAAGGUUUGUACUGGAAGCCUAAGAAAGGGAGAUACUACCUGCUCAAGUCAACCAAAAUAAUGAUCCACCCAACAGACUUAAAAAGCUUUGACUGAGUGCUCAACCUGCUGCAUUUUAACUCAGAACAAACACAAGGAACUUCACCACACCAAAGGACUUGAUGCUGUGUUUACCAACAGAUGCCAUGUCCCAAUCCAUGCCCUGCAUGGAAUUUCUCCAAAACAUAAACCUGAGGCAUCUGAGAUGGUCUUACAAAAUGUUUGAAAAUCCCAAGCUCUGGCUAAGAGGAGCUGCCACUCAGCAAAGCAGCACCAGAAGCAGAAUGCUUUGUUCUCCUCAGGGAUCCCUGGAUGUGUCCAGGAAACUGAUGUCAACCUUAAAU